CAUGGGGACAGUGGCACAGAGCCUGGGUGGGCACACAGGGCAUGGUGGCACAGAGCCAGGGUGGGGCUGGAUGGGGACACGGGGCACGGUGGCACAGAGCCCUGGAUGGGACUGGGCACACGGGGGACAGUGGCACGGAGCCGGGGUGGGGCUGGCUGGGGACAUGGGGACAGUGGCACAGAGCUUGGGUGGGCACACAGGGCAUGGCCGUUUCCCGGUGCCCGUGGUGCUGGCAGCUGCCCGUGGCAGCAGGGACGGGGGCUCUGUGGGUGCCUGGGGUCCCCAUCGCACUCCUCGCCCCGUUCUCGGCGUUGUCCCCAGUGCCAGCGCGUCUCCCUGGCAGUGUGUCCCCUUGUGCCACCUCCUUGGCACUGUCGGUAGCCCUGCUGCCAAGCACCCUCCUGCUGGCAGCCACGGGGACAGUGACAUCCCACUGGGCACGGCUGGCAUGGCCAUGUGGGGCACGGGGCAUGGCUGGCACGGCCACGGUGUCCCCAUGGGACACAGGGCACAGCUGGGACAUUCACAGUGUCCCACAGGGCAUGGCUGGCACAGCUGGGACAUUCACAGUGUCCCCAUGGGACACAGGACACAGCUGGGACACUCACAAUGUCCCCACAGGGCACAGCUGGGACAUUCACAGUGUCCCCAUGGGACACAGGGCACAGCUGGGACACUCACAAUGUCCCCACGGGACACAGGGCACAGCUCUGGGACAUUCAGUGUCCCACGGGGCACAGGGCAUGGCUGGCAUGGGGACAGGGACACCCAGGGCCAGUGUGGGGACACGGACAUGGGGACAAGGACACUCAGGGUCAGUGCAGUGACACGGACACCUGGGGCCAGCACAGGGACACUCAGGGUCAAUGCAGUGACAUGGACACAGGGACAGGGACACCCAGGGCCAGUGUGGGGACACGGACAUGGGGACAAGGACACUCAGGGUCAGUGCAGUGACACGGACACCUGGGGCCAGCACAGGGACACUCAGGGUCAAUGCAGUGACAUGGACACAGGGACAGGGACACCCAGGGUCAGUGUGGGGACAUGGACAUGGGGACAAGGACACUUGGGGUCAGUGCAGUGACACAGCUGGGGACAGAGACACUCAGGGUCAGUGUGGGGACACAGCUGGGGACAGGGACACCCAGGGUCAGUGUAGGGACACCUGGGGUCAGUGCAGUGACACAGCUGGGGACAGGGACACCCAGGGCAGGCGCUGUCCCUCUCAUGUCCCCGCCGGCCCCCCCACCCCGUGCCCGCUGUGGAGAUGGGGACAGAGGUGGCACCAGGGGGUCGGGAUGAAGAUGAAGGGGAUGGGACAAGGGAUGAAGGAGGGAAUGGGCUGGGAUGGG